UUUAACUUAGGAUCAGUCAGUAGAGAACAAGAGAAGAUAUUUAAAUCCUAUAAACACUUGAAAAGGGAGUCAAGACGAUCGAAACGUCGUCAAUAUGCACAAGAUCAAGAAAAGAUUCGUACCAAACUCCAGGAUAUUCGAACAAAUAUGAUGAUAAUGAAAGUCAUGCAGAAGUUUAAGGAGAAUGUGAGAAUAAAUAAGAUCCAGAGAGGCGAGAUUCCAGCGGAGACACCGCUGAAAGGGAAUGUCGACUUCUUGAGAGUGUCGGGGAAUAAACAUUUUAUACAUGGACAUGAUCAUGAAUAUAACGAGCCAAAAAAUGUCACACCAACAGAACAAAGUCAGGAUGAAUUUGUCAACGGAGAAGGUAAAGUCAGAGUAAGAAGGAAAUUGUACAAGGGGUCAACUCUUCAUCAGGCGACUCCGCUUAGUUACAAUGAAGCAGAAACACACCAAGAAAACGGACAUAAGUCAUUUAAGGGUCUUCAGAUUGAUUAUCUUGAUCAAAAUAGAGAAACUGGAUUUACGUUGAGUAGAGAAAAUAGCUUUGAAGAUGAUAACAAAGCAGUUGUAAAUGAGACAUUUUACGAGUCAGAUGAAGACGAAGUAGAUAGCGCGGAAUACAGGAGCGAGGCAAUGGAUGGGGAUGGACCGAGGACAUUGUCGGCAUCACAGGGACCUCGCAUGGAAACGAUACCUGAGGAAACGGAAGUUGACAUGGAGGUCGACGAUAUCAGCGAUGCUAAUCCACGCCUAACGAGGCGUCAUCUCAGCUUCCUGAACAGAAGUCACUCAAAGCGUAACAUAUUUGACGUCAACGAGCGCGUGCCGCUACUGCCGGACGUCGCCGGAGCGCAUGGGUCAGUUAUCAAUCGUCCGAUACUACAGACGUUCGACAAAGAGACGCAAACAUCGGAUAAACAAUUGCAACCACAGCGAAAGAAAGAGUCGCACCUGAGAAAGAAAAAGAAACGUCCACAUCGUCCGUCUUCCCCAUCGACGCCCUCAACCCCUCGCCGGAAGUUGAUUAUCAAAUUACCGGGGACAGUCAGUAGAGACGAUUCCGCCAAGUCAAACAGUGGAAAUGUUGGUUCGGAAAGUGAAGACAACUUAACUGAUACAGACUUUGCAUACGGAUUUGAGUCCGAAACUUGGUACGAUAGUUCAAGCGAGUCAGAGUACUCUUCAGAGGAAGAAAACGACGCGAUUCUAUUCGAGAGAGAUAAAACAAUUUCGCCCGGGAAUUACUCUUUGACAUUGACAAAAUAUAAAACAGCCCUACGUCGUAAGCAAGCACACAGUAAAUCACAAGAACAAACAUUUCCCUCAGUGACAAAUAUAACGCCAGAUUUACCGGUUGCGAACAAUCUCUUUGUAAAUCCAUUCUCUCUUAAGUUUAAGGAACGCAGUUUUUUCAUUAAAUCAUCGAUAAAGGAGCGUCCGUCCCACAGCGCGCGGAGCGAAAAACGACGUCACAAUACUGACAGCGGUUUCGAGGAUACUGCUUCAGUCACCUCGACAAGAUCAAACGCUGACAUAGCAAACGAUUUACGAAGCAAGCAAUCCGAUGAUCUUCGUCGAAGCAGCGAAAGAGAGAUAACAAAAGAUAACACACAAUCCACUACUCUUCCUAGCAUGUACCCGGAAGUGAAUAUCGCUGUGUUCGGGCGGAAGGCAGACGGCCAUGGAAGGGAUGUACUACCUCCACCCCCAAACACACCCUCCCAUUACCAAGAUCCGCAAACACCUCGCAGAAAGCCGCGCUCGCAUCUGAACCGAGUUCUACUCGCACAGAAGACUGAGAGGGAAAGAGAACAACAACGGAUCCAUGAAAUGGUCACCAGCGAUCCCGUGCAGAAGUACGAACGGACAAAGAGCGGCAGGAUCCGGCCAUUCGGGACCGCCCGGCCCGCCGUCCACGAGGUUCCGUCCCUCAAAGAGCAACACUUUCGGGACAAGCUCUUAAAACAGGAGCGUGACUCCAUCCUGAAACAAAACAUCAAGAUGAAGAGGUUCAUUGACGUGUUUGAUAAAGAGGUUAUUCUUGCAGGCCAUCCUGGACUUCGGCUGGAAAGAGGACAAAGCGUCAUUCUGCCAAGUUCCCGGCCCUCCCCGGUAGUCCGCCGGCUCGAUCCCCACCCGUCACAUCCACUGCAUCCGACCUCUCAAACAGGAAGACGCUUGGCGGUCUCCUAUUUAAAGUUCACCAACCGGAGCAGGACGUUACAAAACCAGCACGGAAAGUAGUCCCCGCAGCAAACACAACAUCUUUACAACUUCUUAAAAACUGUAGAUACCUUCGCGAGUAUCGACCAAUCAACGAAGAAGAAAGAACGAGGUCAGCCUUUGUGGAUAAGUUGACCAGCUGGGGAAAUAAAGCGUGC